GGGCGGCGGGAUCCCGGCGCCGGGGGCGGGGCACCCGGAAGCGCGCGCCGACCUGCGGAGCGGCGGCCGGGGGCGACUGGAUCGCAAGGCAGGCGCGCGCACACCGGCGGUGCAGACAGGUGGGCGACUCCACCCUGCACGCCCGAGCCGGCGGUGCUGGGUCCCAGACGCUGCCGCGCCCAGAGGAGCCGGUCCUCCUCCCGGUCCCCGCCUCCGUCGGAGGGCAGGCGUUGGCGUUAAUCACAAGCGAGGAUGUGUUUACAGGAUGUGAGUUGAGUUGUUGCCGCCUUUGCCUUCUGAGAGCUUCUGAUGGCUCAUGGUGACAGGUGCAAACACUGAAGGGCAGUAUGAAGCCAGUAAAAAAAAAGAAAACCGAAGAACCUGAGUUGGAGCCCCUGUGCUGCUGUGAGUAUAUUGAUCGAAAUGGGGAAAAGAACCACGUGGCUGCUUGUUUGUGUGAUUGUCAAGACCUCGAUGAAGGCUGUGACAGAUGGCUUACCUGUAAAUCAAUGCGGCCAGAGACUUGCGAAAGAAUCACAGAUACAAUUUCUGAUCGCCUCCGAAUUCCUUGGCUUAGAGGAGCCAGAAAAGUUAAUAUUAGCAUCGUCCCUCCACUCGUGCUUUUGCCAGUUUUCCUUCACGUGGCUUCCUGGCAUUUCCUGCUGGGGGUGGUGGUUCUGACCUCCCUUCCCGUGCUGGCGCUCUGGUACUACUACCUCACUCACAGAAGGAAAGAGCAGACACUGUUUUUCCUCAGCCUUGGACUAUUCUCACUGGGUUACAUGUACUAUGUGUUCCUGCGGGAAGUGGUCCCCAAAGGGCGGGUAGGGCCCACCCAGCUGGCUCUCCUUACCUUCGGGUUAUUCCUAAUACUCUUAGCCUUGUACCGAGCCAAGAAGGAUCCAGGCUACCUCAGCAAUCCAGCUUGCAGUGACAAAUGCCCCAGCAACAGCCAAAUCGAAUGCCUGAUCAAAAAAGGGCAAGAGAAGACCAAAGGGUUCCCUGGAACAGAUCCCUCAGGGAGCCUCAACAACCGCACGCUGAAGGAUGAUAUUAAAGGCUCCUCCAGGGUGGCACUUGACAGCCCUGCCAAGGUGAAGGAGGACUGGUGUGCCAAGUGUCAGCUAGUACGGCCCGCCCGGGCAUGGCACUGCCGGAUAUGUGGCAUCUGUGUAAGGAGAAUGGAUCAUCAUUGUGUCUGGAUAAACAGCUGCGUUGGAGAAUCAAAUCAUCAAGCAUUUAUACUUGCCCUUUUGAUCUUCUUGCUCACUUCGGUGUACGGGAUAUCGCUGACCUUGAACACCAUUUGUAGGGACAGAAGCCUCUUUACAGCCCUCUUCUACUGUCCUGGAGUUUACGCAAAUUACAGCUCGGCUCUGUCCUUCACCUGUGUGUGGUACUCCGUGAUCAUCACCGCUGGCAUGGCCUACAUCUUCCUCAUCCAGUUGAUAAACAUCAGCUACAAUGUGACCGAGAGGGAAGUCCAGCAGGCCCUUCGGCAGAAGACGGGCCGCCGGCUCCUCUGUGGGCUCAUCGUGGACACAGGCCAGUACAACAGGGGCUUCCUGCGCAAUUGGUACCAGUUCUCCACCCUGGGCGCACACACUGCCCACGCCCCUGCUGAGGACAUUGUCUGAAGUGCCUUCCGUGCAGCCUGAGGGAUACUCCUUUCUCUGUCCUGUCCAUUUCACACUUCGGUAUCCACGAAGGGUUCAUCUUCAUCACCGUCUUCUCAGACGUGUAGGGCCGUGCUCAGGUUUGAAGACAGGACUGAAGAAAAGGUCAUUUCCUCUGACUUCAUAACUUAAGGGAUAUUGAUACUGAAGCUGCAGGCGUAGAGCCGUUCCUUUCCGGUCACCUUCUGACUCAGUCACCAGAAGCUGUCAGGGAUGUGCAUUACUCAGGCACAGGCCAGUAGAAGGAGUUUCUGCCUGUUCAUCUGAGGAGGAGUGUUCAUAGGAUAGUUCCUAGUCCUCCUCUCAGUUCUUAAGAGCCAUAUGACCCCUUGGUAGAGCGGCUUUCCCGAGUCUCAGGUUCCUCUGAUGGGGGCCUCUGCUGCCUAGCUACCUCCUGGAGCAGCCAUGAGGGCCAUCUGAGGAAGGCCGUGAAGCAGCCUGUAGAUCAGAACAUUGAAGCCAAUAUUAUUAAGACAAUCGGUGUGUACAGUUAUAGAAGUUCUUAGUGACAGACCUUUCUCCUCAGGACCGGGGGUGACAAGAGGCUCGAUGCUGGUCAUCUCGUCUUACUAUCUACGCUGUGUGCAGUGGGCAGCAGUUUAAGUGACGAGUGUUUGCUGAUGGAUCAUUUUAGAUUUACUCUAAUGCUAACAAACAUUAAUUUCUUUCCUCCUUCCCAUUUCACCUGGUGAGGUGCUAGCACACUGGUGGGUGAUGGUGGCUGGACGGGAGGAGACUGUCCUGGGAGAACAUGCUACCCCCUCCUGCCUAGGGAGGCUGAUUAAUAUCAAGGGCUUGAUUUUUUAUUAUUCAUGUAUAUCUAGUGCUGUAGGUUUAUAGCACACAAUGGGAACAUGCGCCUGGCAUGAGCUCUUGGGGUGACUGACAGCUUCCCACAUCCACAUUGCUGCUUGCUCCCCCUUCCCUACUGAAAGUGUCUAGGAGAGAAGAACCGGUAUGUGCGCUUUCUGACAAUGGACACCUGACUGCUCUUCCUAACUCCCGACGCUGCGCUGCUCCUCUGUGUCCCAGAGCUGUAACGUAGGAAAGACUGUGUGUUCCCGCAGAAUGCGCUGUCUUUCUGCUCCUUCUUGACGUCUUUGGUUUUUACACAUGUACUGUUCUGGGAUCCCAGAUCAAAGAUAAUUUCUGAGACCUUAAAUUUGCCUUGGCCUUGUUGCUCAGAGAUGGGAAACAGUGCUGCAUUUUCCCUUUUGUGCCUGCUUGUGAGCGUUGAGAGGAAAUACCACCACCUCUGGAUUAGCCCUGUCCUUUGCAGCAGGGGCCACCCUUAGAGUCGCCACUAGCCAGGGCUCUCCUGAAGACAGGCGCCACAUAUUCAUCCAGGGUUGUCAUUGCUCUCCCCAGAGAUCUAUUGUUAACGAACACUAGACUCCAUAUUCUACUGGGGUUCACUAGAGAGAGCCUGGGGGUGUUUGCAGUUUCUUCAGCGAUGCCUGUCCCUGGCAUAGAGUCAGACACUCAUUUAGAAUGAAAGUUGGCUUGGAUACAACUAAUUUCUGUGUGGGUUUUAGGUAAGAGAGAUGGUAGUAAUGUCAGACAGUCUAUGUGGGCAGAAAUUGGUAGUUUUCAUGUCUCUUGAAUGCCAGGUAUAUAGCCAACUCUGAAUGUCUGGCUGCUGCCAACAUUUAUAGAAAUCAUAUAGUCAGUAUUUGUAGCCUGCCUCGUUUCCAGCAGCAGUGCAGAUGUGAUGGUGAGUGCUGCAGCAAGACCCGUCACUGGGAGAGUGGGGAUGACCACUGCCUUCCUCAGUUUGCCAUCAAGGGCCAGUUCCCCGCCUGCUGUUGGGAGGACUCAUUUUCGGCUCUUUGGCUCACUGGAAUGAAAUGAAGAUGCUUAGGUUUUCUUUUUAGAUUUUCUUGUGUGUGUGUGUGUGUGUGUGUGUGUGUGUGUGUGUGUGUGUGAAGGCCAGAGAGCUCUCUUAGAGCUGGAGUUACACGCAUCUGUGAUCUGCCUGCUGUGGGUGCUGAGAACUAAACUUGGCUCCUCCGGAAGAGCAGCCUGUGCUGCUAACUGCUGAGUCACCUCUCUAGCCCCGAGUUUAAGUUCCUGGUGAACUGAUGGGAGGGUUUCAGAAAGUCAGCCCUGUGAGAAGAUCCUUGUUUUGUGGAUCUUUCAGCCUUCCCAUUCACUCUUCCCUACUGAAAGUGUCUAGGAGAGAAGAACUGGGUUUGUUCACUUUCUGACAGUGGACACCUGACUGCUCUUCCUAACUCUCGAUGCUGAGCUGGAACAUAGGAAAGACUGUAUGUUCCUGCAGAAUGGGCCGUCUUUCUGGCAGAGAUGGGAGAUUAAUAUGAGGAAAACUCCCUCUUGAUGUGUUUGGUUUUUACACACAUACUGUUCUGGGAUCCCAAAGAUCAAAGGUCAUUUGUGAGACCUUAAAUUUGCCUUGGCUUUGUUGCUUCAUAGAGGGAAAGCAGGAAAUACAUACUCAGCCUUCUGAAGGGCUUGUUUUUAGAAGACAUUACACCAGGGGCUGUCUAUAAGCAGCUUCCGCUAGGCCCCAGGGUAGCUUUGGCAUAUUGUAGUAAUAGGAGCAGCGGGGCUGCAUCCCCGGCACCCGGCCGCCCACAUGACUAGCUUAUGCCCCGGAAUAAUUACACAGAAACUGUAUUCUUUUAAACACUGCCUGGCCCAUUAGUUCCA